CGGCCCCUCCCCCGAGCGCCGCGGUCCGGCAGCGCCUGGCCGGGGGCCCGCGGGCGGGCCGCCCUCCCCGCCGCAGCCCACCCCCCCUCUUAAAGCGGCGGCGGGAAGAUGAAGCUUCGGGAGUCGCUCCUGGGCGGCAGCGCCGCGAUGCCGGGCGCGUCCCUGCAGCGGGCCUGCCGCCUGCUCGUGGCCGUCUGCGCGCUGCACCUCGGCGUCACUCUCGUGUACUACCUGGCCGGCCGCGACCUGAGCCGCCUGCCCCAGCUGGUCGGGGUCUCCACAUCGCUGCAGGGCGGCUCGAACGGCGCCGCCGCCAUCGGGCAGCCCUCCGGGGAGCUCCGACCGCCAGGCGCCCCGCCGCCGCUGCCUAGGGGCGCUCCCUCGGUGCCGCGCCCGGGGCGCGUCUCCCGCCCGGACGCGGACUCUCGCCCCGGCCCCGGCCCCGCGCGCAACCUGACUUUGGCUUCCGUGUCCCCCAGCACAGCUCUGUCGCUGCCCGCUUGCCCCGAGGAGUCCCCGCUGCUCGUUGGCCCCAUGCUGAUCGAGUUUAACGUGGCUGUGGACCUGAAGCGUGUGGCAGAAGAGAACCCGGAGGUGAAGGUGGGCGGCCGCCACACCCCCAAGGACUGUGUCUCUCCUCACAAGGUGGCCAUCAUUAUUCCAUUCCGCAACCGGCAAGAACACCUCAAGUACUGGCUCUAUUACUUGCACCCGAUCCUUCAGCGUCAGCAGUUGGACUAUGGCAUCUACGUUAUCAACCAGGCUGGCGAGUCCACAUUCAACCGUGCUAAGCUCCUCAACGUGGGCUUUCAAGAGGCCUUGAAGGACUACGACUACAACUGCUUCGUGUUUAGCGACGUGGACCUCAUUCCAAUGAACGACCAUAACGCCUACAGGUGUUUUUCGCAGCCUCGGCACAUUUCUGUAGCAAUGGAUAAGUUUGGAUUUAGCCUCCCUUACGUUCAGUAUUUUGGAGGUGUCUCUGCUCUAAGUAAACAACAGUUUCUCACCAUCAAUGGAUUUCCUAAUAACUACUGGGGCUGGGGAGGUGAAGACGAUGACAUUUUUAACAGAUUAGCUUUUAAAGGCAUGUCUAUAUCUCGCCCAAAUGCUGUGGUCGGGAAGUGCCGGAUGAUCCGCCACUCAAGAGACAAGAAAAAUGAACCCAAUCCUCAGAGGUUUGACCGAAUUGCACACACAAAGGAGACAAUGCUGUCUGAUGGUUUGAACACGCUUGCCUACCAGGUGUUGGAUGUACAGAGAUACCCGUUGUAUACCAAAAUCACAGUGGACAUCGGGACACCAAGCUAGCAUUUUGAUACACUAAUAAGAGACCUGAAAAUGGCCAGGGACCUCUGCCGUGUGUCUCUGCCAGUCUGCUGGGCUGGUCCCUCUCAUUCUUCCCCAUCAGAGUGAUAGGGCUCCUCUCUCAGCUCAUCACUCAGAUGUCUUUCCAGAUGACCAGGACGAGCGGGAUAUUUUGCCCCCAACUUGGCUUGGCACGUGACUUCUUAGCUCUGCGAGGUGUUUGUAAGUGUAGGAACCAUCAGCCUUUGGGGGGUUCUCGGCAUGUUCACAGUCUCCCCAAAGAAUCAGAGCUGUACACAGCCCGAAAUUGGGUGACUGUGGGACUCAUUCCUGGUGGUAAACUGCUCAUUUAUUGUGAAAUAAGUAAGAAUUUUGCUUUAAAUUGUGAUAUUCUCACUACUUUAUGAAAAAUUGGAGAGUGCUGCUGAAAUUGGAUUGGUGUGAUGUUUUUUGGUUGUUGUAUUUUAACAGAAAAACACACGAUUGCAACCAAUCUCAUUUUACCCCCUCCCCUACCUUCUUUCAGUGGUAUGCAACUGUUAUAAUCACGGAAUCGCUGUGUGUGUAUGUGUGUUUUCUUAGCAAAAGAAUCUUAAAACUUGAGCCUUGGACCUUUUGCCCUGCUAACGUGUGAAUUCCAGGGCAAAUUUGGCCAUCAGAGCAUAAGCCUUGGGUGUUCUCACAGUCAGUGGCCUUUCUCCACAUUGUCUGAUUUCUGAAUGUAAAGACUUUUUUUAAAUAGCAGUUUGUAGUAUUUUAAAGAAAGAACAAAUCAGGUUCUAAUUAUGAUCUAGCUUGAUUUUGUGUUGAUCCAGAUUUACAUAGCUGUUUAGUGUUAAGUCCUGGCAAGUUGUUUCCUGAGCAUGCUAUGUAAACUUGAAUUUCCUAUGUAUUUUUAUUGUGGUGUUUUAAAUGUGGGGAGGGGACUGAGCUAUUUUUAGGGGAAAAAAUAAUGUAUGCUGUAAUGGCCACUAACCGGCCUCUGAUUUAGCUGGCAGGCUAGGUUUUGUGACAAGCAAAAUCUCCUUUGGCCCUUUGAUGAGGGCAAGGCCUCCCGUCAGGUCAGCGUUACCCUGCCGGACCUCUGGGGGACACAGGGGCCUCAGCCUGCCGGGCAGAGCUCCCUACCUCCCCAUCCACCCCAGGCAGGCAGGAUGGAGGGGACUGCCACCUCCCCAGACUGACCCUGGGACCUCUCGUCAGGGCCCUAGGCAGCGGGGUUGGAAGUGAGAGCCAUCAGGUUGUUUACUGGCCCUCGGCCUGGGGAGGUGGAGGGAUCCUCAUUCUGGCCCCCUGGAGUCUGGGGCCCCUCACUUGGCUCUGCUGCCUGGCCCACCUUGCAGGACCGGUUCUCUUCCUUCUCCCCUUCCUCCUUCCCCCUUUUGGUUCCUUGGCCUCUUGCCUGUUCCCUAAAACUUGCCUGUGGCACUGAGGGUCACAGAGACUAUUUGUUCUCCAGCACGAAUGUGCCUUUUAAUUAGAGAUCUAGAAAGGAGUUCAGCUGAACACCCCUGCACUCCCCACAACCACUCUGUACCUGAAGCCUCCCAUCCCCCUCAGGUUUUCAGCAGGUGCUCCACUCCAGGGAGGCUGCCCCACAGGUGCCAUCCCCAAAUCCCGCUCUGCGGGGAGAGGUUUAGCCUGCCAGGGGUGAGGUGCACAGGCUGGUUCUUACCCCUGGCCCCUUGCCGGCUGCAGCCUGCGUAAGGACAGAAGAUUCAGCUGUCUGAUCCAGCCGAAGAUUUCAGCUGGUGGCCGCCCAGACCCCGCCACUGCCCUCCUGGGAACCAGGCGUCAGCCUGGAUGGAGGCUGAGCUGCUGCCUGGCCCCAGUGUCACCUGUGCCUUUAUCGCUCUGAGUGUCUCAGAUCCUAAGUUGGUUCUUUUUCCAGAAGCCUUUGUAUUGGUUAAAAAUUAGUUUCUACUGCAGAAGCAGCUGGGCUAUGCAAAGAGUAUUCCUUCUGUCAGUUGCCCACUCCUUAAUAGCGAUGUGAAUAAAACUAAGAAAAAUCUCCCUGGGAGGGAGUUUUGGGAAAUGCAAAGAAUGAAGGCCUCUGUUUCUGUCCCCAGAUCCCGACUUUUCCAAAGUGCCUUAAAAGAAAGGAGACAGAUUCCCUAGGUGGUAACUUCUUUGUUACUUACUUUACUCUUGAAACAAGAUUCUGACUUGUUUUUCUUUUUUCUUUUCCUGUUACAUUUUUCUUCAUGUUCCAUUGGAAUAGAUAAGCGUGCAGUUCCUUCUCAGGACCAAGGGAAGUCCUGCUUCACAGAUUUGCCAUUUGCUGACCGUGUGGUGCUCUCAUGGGGCCACCUGGGCCCACGCUGGGGCCUGGGCGCCUGCCUGGCUCAUGAGAUGCUACAGGUCCUGUUCCCGCCCCGGGCAGUGCCGGGAGCAUUUCCUUUACCUGGAAGUUGUCACCAAGAAGUGGGCCUGUGCUGUGCCUUUCUCUGUUUCUCUCCGUCCCGUUGCUGGUACCCCUGUCAAGUGGCUUUUGGGAAUGAGCAGAGGGCAGAGGUGGCACAGGGGGGUAAAGGAGAUGCUGGUGCUGGCGCAGCCUGGCGGGUGCUCUCUGGCCUCCGGGCUGGGCACAGCCAGGAUGGCUGCCUUCCUGUCCUUGAGACCUGUUGUGCUGUGUAUUUUGAUUUCCCGUGUAUGCAAAUGUAUGUAUUUACGAUUGUAAGGGGGGGAGAUGUCUGACCUUAGUGUUCAAAACAGAACUGUAUUUUUGCCUUUAAAAUCCAGUCAUAUAACUGGAAGGUGAAUAAAUGGCUCUAUCUUUGUAA